GUCUGGGCGCCGUGCGAGCGCAGGAGCAGCACCACCUUCGCGGACGAGGCGGGGGAGGUCAUCACGGAGGUGCAGAGCGCCACGCCGGCCCAGGUGCACGCCUCCGAGCUGGAGUGUGUGGAGGACAUCUGCUGCCUGCCGAACGUGAGCAGGGCGGUGCUGCUGCAUGGCGUCCGGCUGCGGUACAGCAGGGACCUCAUCUACACGCACGUGUCGAACAUCCUCAUCUCGGUGAACCCGUUCAAGGCCCUGGCCAUCUACGAGGAGGACUCGCUGCGCAGGUACAUCCAGUCGGUGGAGAAGCCGGCGGAGGCCCACGUCUACGGCAUCGGUCGAGCAGCCCUGCAGGGCCUCCGCGAGCCCCGCCGCCCGAGCCAGGCUGUGCUGGUGAGUGGAGAAUCUGGCGCUGGCAAGACAGAGGCGGUGAAGCUGGUGCUGGGCUAUCUCUCGGCCGCCACCAGCAAGGCCGAGUCGGGCCGUUCCCUGGUGCGAUAUAG